CUCGAUUCCUCGUUCGGGUCCAAGUUCUCGGUGACCCGAAUUGGGUCAAUUUCGCUCUAUAUACUGCAAAAUGAUUUUCGUGUGGCUUAAUAUUAUUAUUUGACCGUGGGACACCUGGGGACGACAGCGUAUAAAAACGGCGAGGCAGCAUGGUUCCCUUUCCCUCAUCCCACCUCUCUCUCAGCCUUCCUCAACGCUUCUCAGCACUACUACACUCUCUUCAAACCACUCUUUUAUAUCGCCAUGUUCUCCUCCCGUGUCCUCUCCAUUCUCUUCUUCCUCGUCUCCUUUGGUCUCUUCGUCUAUGCGAAGCCGAUUGACACCUCCGCCUUGGCUGCUCGCUCCGCUGAGCUUGCUCCCCGCUGUGGUUGCACUAUUGGUGAGGUCAAGGAGAUCCUCGUGGAUUUGGACGUCAAGGUCAAGGCUGCGGUUGUUCUCAUCAGUAAGUCAACUGACAAGGUCCAUGACCCUGUUGCCGUCAUUGCCGACAUUAUUGUCGAUAUCAAUGCUGCCGUUGCCCUUCUUGCUAAAAUCCGCCUUUCCGUGUGCGACAUCGGAGUUGUCCUCGCUGCAUGUGUUCACAUUUGCGUUAGCAUUAUCUUGGCUAUUUGCAUUGCCAUUACCGAGUGUGGGGUCGAAAUCAAGGCCGAAGUUAUUGCCCACCUCGACGUUGCCCUCAAGGCUCUCGUUGCCGUUCUCAUCUCAUGCUGCCCUGCCAUUGGCGGUCUCAUUGCGGCUGUCAUCAAAGUUUAUCUUCAUGUCUGUGUUGAGGAAGGUACUGGGUUGUUCAGUUCAUGCUCUUUCUCUUUGACACAAUGGGGCUGUUGAUAAUGUCAAAGCUAGUUUCUUAUCGAAUCUUUCCAUAUCUCAGUCAUUUAAUUGUUGCUGGUGUCUUUAUUUUUUUCUCCUGUUUCUCGGGAAUGAAAAGUUGAGUGUUGUCUCGUUAUUUUCGCUCAAGAGUCGGAAGAGUCACAAUCGCGUGGAAUAACUAAAGGUCAGUUGCUUAUGGUGAUCACGUAAGGACAUUUUAAGUCGCU